AUGUUCAUGGAUCCGAACGAUCUUAGCAACCUCUGGCCGGAGUCGCCUACUACUUGGAGUAUUUUAAAGGAAAAUAGUAUUGAUACCUUGUGGCCUCUUCAAGGACCAAAACAACAGCUACAGGUUGGUUCAGAAGUAGCUCAACCAGUUGCUGCAGUUGAAUCUACUCAGCCUGGUGAUAAUGGAAAUGAAGAAGUUGACUCAGAAGUAGCUCCAACUGUUGCUCCAGUUGAAUUUACUCAAACGGAUGGAAAUGGAAAUGGAAAUGAAAAUGUUGAUUCGGAAGUAGCACCACCAAUACAUGCAGCGGCUAUUCAAACAGAUGAUAAAGGAAAAAAAGUUGUUGACUCAGAAGUGACACCAUCACCACUUAAUCAUCGAAAGAGGCCAGGGGCCUCACAAGCUUGGGACCACUUUGAUCUGGUUUGGGAAAAUAAGACAAGAUGGGCAAAAUGUAAAUACUGCCCAAAGAAGUAUAAAGGAUAUUCAAGUAAGAAGGGAACCUCAAACCUGUUAAAUCAUGCGCGAAAAUGUACUCAAAGUGGCAGCGGAGAUAAACCUGCUCGUGAAACUGGAAAGACUAAAGCAAAAGCAACUGUUGAUCUUAAUAGAGAGGAAAGCAAUAUGUCUGAGCUCGAACGGAGUAACAUGAAGAUAGCAAGAAUGAUUAUUAAUCGGGGGUAUCCACUUUCUAUGUUGGCAAAUGAUUUGCAGCCUCUACAGAAUCUUCCAGUACCUGAAAGAUUGAAGCUUGACAUACUUUUUAUUUUCAAAGAGGAGAAGGAAAAACUCCGCAAAAGCUUUACUAAAUUCUCAUCAGGUCAUUCCAACAUAACAGUAAAUUUGUGGAAAAUGACUGAUACAAGAAUUUUCUGUUGUUUGACUUCACACUUAAUUGAUGAUGGUUGGAAACUGAAGAAGAUGGUUCUCGAUUUUAGAACAGUUACAAGGCAAUCCAUCAGUUUUUGGGAAGUUGUCGACACUCUUAAACGAAUGCUACUUGAAUGGAACAUUGGCAAAAAGGUGUGUUGUAUAACUGCAGUGAGUAGUGAUGAAGAAGUUGUUGAGAUAGUUAACCAUGUAAAGCACUGGCUUUGUUAUGACCGAGGCAGAAAAGUGUUUCAGAUUAAUUGCUUUGUACAUAUUCUUGAUCUUCUUAUUCAACAGGGAUUGCAUGGGGUACGAGAUACAUUCCUUAAGAUGAUAAACCAUCUCUCCAGUGCUCGCGACCAAACUCUGAAAAACAAACAAUUAUUUGGAAAAGCAGUAGAAAAAGCGAGAUCAAAAGGCGUGCAAGUGAUUUAUGAAGAUAUGCCUACAAAUUCUUCACUUAACUUUGAAAUGCUUGGGAGCAUUCUGGGGUUAAGACAAGUAUUUCUGGAGUUAUUGGCCAUUGAUUCAGAAUACAGAAAUCACCCAAUUACAGAAGAGGACUGGGAUGGUGCCACUGCUAUUUACAACUGUUUAGAUGUGUUAUACAAAGCUGUUGGGAGAUUCUCUGAAAGCAAGUGUCUUACAACAAAUGAAUAUUUUCCUCAAGUUUGCAACAUAUAUAGUAAAUUGCAGGACAUAUGGGAAGACAAUGCCAAUCCAGAAAUACUUAAGCCGGUGGCUGAUAGAAUGAAGGUGACAAUAAAUAAAUUUUGGGAAGAAAGUGUUGAGAGUUUAGUCAUCGCUGUAGUUCUUGAUCCAAGGUUUAAAUUUGAUAUUGUGAAGGGCUGGUGCGAGAAAAUAAUGGGUCAACAUGCUGAAGAAGAAUGUAUAAAAAUUUAG